AUGGUUGUUUUCGUACGAAUUAUGGGAAAUACAAGACGUCGAAAUCGAUUGCUCGCCAGAUCGACAACUCAGAUUCCAAAAUUUAAAGACGGUGACAUUGUGCUAGCUAGUUACCCCGAUGGAAUAGGCUAUCGUUCAACAAUCAUCACGUACCAUGAAGCCGUUUGUCUUGUUAGACGCGGUGAAGAGGGGUUUGUUAAUGGAGUAGCAACAGCAUAUGUUUACCCUUUUGCUCAAGAAGAAGAUGACACAUGCUCUAGAAUUCUUCUAGAAGAUUUAUAG